GGAAUAGAUAAUCUCUAUGAGAGGGCGCUUCACAUCCGCAAACUCCUCCUGACCUUGCCCAGGUCGGUCCUUAUAGUGAUGAGGUACCUCUUUGCCUUCCUCAAUCAUCUUUCACAGUACAGUGAUGAGAACAUGAUGGACCCUUAUAACCUGGCCAUUUGCUUUGGACCCACGUUGAUGCCCGUCCCAGAAAUACAGGAUCAAGUGUCCUGCCAGGCUCAUGUGAAUGAGAUUGUCAAAACCAUCAUCAUCCACCACGAGACUAUUUUCCCAGAUGCUAAAGAGCUGGAUGGCCCUGUUUAUGAGAAAUGUAUGGCUGGAGAUGACUAUUGCGACAGCCCAUACAGUGAGCACGGUACAUUGGAGGAAGUGGAUCAGGACGCUGGUACAGAGCCCCACACCAGUGAAGACGAAAAUGAACCAAUAGAAGCAAUAGCCAAGUUUGACUAUGUUGGGCGGUCUGCCAGAGAACUGUCCUUCAAGAAGGGCGCUUCCCUGCUGCUGUAUCACCGCGCAUCCGAGGACUGGUGGGAAGGCAGACACAACGGGAUCGACGGGCUUGUGCCCCACCAGUACAUAGUGGUGCAGGACAUGGAUGAUACAUUUUCAGACACUCUGAGCCAAAAAGCCGACAGUGAGGCCAGCAGUGGGCCAGUGACUGAAGACAAGUCUUCAUCCAAGGACAUGAACUCCCCAACAGACCGUCAUCCUGAUGGCUAUUUAGCCAGGCAAAGAAAAAGAGGAGAGCCACCCCCUCCAGUAAGGCGUCCUGGCAGGACCAGUGAUGGCCAUUGCCCUCUCCAUCCCCCACAUGGUCUUUCCAACUCCUCAAUUGACCUGGGGUCCCCAAGCCUGGGCAGUCACCCCCGGGGCCUGCUACAGAACCGUGGCCUCAAAAGUGACAGUCCCGAGAGGAGGCGUCGGCCGGGUCACGGCAGCUUGACCAACAUCAGCCGCCAUGACUCCCUCAAGAAGAUUGACAGCCCUCCUAUUAGAAGGUCCACAUCAUCAGGGCAAUACACAGGCUUCAACGACCACAAGCCACUGGACCCAGAGACAAUCGCUCAGGAUAUUGAAGAGACGAUGAACACUGCUUUGAAUGAACUCCGAGAACUGGAGAGACAGAGUACAGCAAAACACGCCCCUGAUGUGGUGCUGGAUACCUUAGAACAAGUGAAAAACUCUCCCACCCCUGCCACGUCCACGGAAUCUCUCAGCCCUUUGCACAACGUUGCCCUCAGGAGCUCGGAGCCUCAGAUUCGACGUAGCACUAGCUCCUCCAGUGACACAAUGAGUACUUUCAAGCCUAUGGUGGCGCCCAGAAUGGGCGUGCAGCUGAAGCCCCCAGCCCUUCGGCCGAAACCUGCUGUUCUUCCAAAAACAAACCCUACCGUAGGGCCCACCCCACCUUCCCAGGGGCCAGCAGACAAGUCUUGCACAAUGUAAAAACCAACUGAGCGAGCAUACGGGGAGGUGAUUAGAAAGAGAAAACGGAUUAGUGACAAAAGUCAACAAUCCUUAACUUUCCUUAGUCAUGUGCUUAUAACUGGAGACCCUUUGGCUUUUCUGUGUUCUCGAAUGUAAUAUCUGAGACUAGCUAAAUUAACACGGGCAUUUGUAUUUUGUAAUUUCAUCCUUUUUUUUAAUAACUGGACAUAUCCUGUGUCAUUUUAAAGACAAUAGAAACACUUAGACUUACUUGAAAAUCCAAUGCUGCACCAUUUGUAAUGAAGGCAACACCACUCUGCCCUGCACGUUGCUCAGUGCUUCAGGCUUCGUGUAGCCUGGAUGAGUCAGAAGCGUCUGAAUCCAAAGGCAGGAGGAUCUGAGUUCCAGGCCUUGGAAUGUAACCAGUGUUGGUCUCUGGCACUUGGGGUAAGGCUAAAAGGUGACAAUGGCAUUGUUUGGUAGCUGACAGUGAGUACCUCUUAUUCCAUGCAGUGGGGCAGGGGGCUGGCUCUUGCUACAGACUUGCUGUUGUCACAGUGGGGUGUUCCCAGCGCGAGCUGCAGCCCACCGGCUGACUUUCGUUAACAGUCGUUUCCCUGGGUCCAGGUGAAAGUCUCAGCAGGAGCGGGUAGAACCUCUGCGGUUACUGCUUGAACUGAACCUGGGAAGGGACAGUCCUCCAGAGCUAUUGCUGUGAGUCUUUCCCCAAGCCUGAUCAGGCCCCGGAGGGUUUCCAAGUCCAUCCCCUACAUUCACUGCAGACUAGAACAGUCUAACUUUAAAGACUUUCUGGUUACACUACUCCAUGAACCCCUUCAGAGGUCUGUUGUUGCCUAGAAAACAACUUCUAGCUCCCCUAAGCCCCCGUGUCUUCCUCUGUGGCAACGGAGAAAGCAGACAGCGCACAAGUCCUUGGUUCGCCGGCCUUCCCUUCCCCUGACAAGAUGACCUGGGUUCCUUUAAACGUGCUACAGAGGCCUGAUGAUGCUAAAUUUGAAUCCCCAGCU